CAGAAAUACUACUCCUUCGACAGCCCGGAUACCGUCCGCGUGGCGACGGACGCCACCCAAAGCUUUGCAUUGCAACCGCCCCGAGAGCACACCACAGCCUCCAUGAUCAGCUCAUCGAUCGCCACAGGCGGUGGUUUGGAAGACAAAGACACAUGGAAGUACACGGCUAUGGACAUGCCCUUGUUUAUCGGGCCGCACCUGUGCAACACUGCGGAAGAGGGUGAGCACACGCACACGUCGAGCGGGUCUUCACAGGCAUCUCUGUCGGUGUCUGGCAGCGGGGAUGGGGCUGAUACGGACGGUGGCGCGCAGGUGACGGUCAUGAAUGAGAGCAAGCGCAAGCAAAAGAAACUGUCGAGACGGCGCAAGGUGGAGAAGUUGUUAAAGCAGAAGCUGGGCGAAGACAAGCAUGGAGGGACGGGUAAGCGGACUAGUAAGUGGACGUCUCUGAAUACGUGUGACGAGCUAGUGACUAGCAGAGACUCGGCGACCGGCGGGAUAGUGUCUAAGGAAAUGGUGGAUGCGGUGGGCGUGUCUGGGCCUGAGGGACAGGAGCAGGCCAGUUCAAAUAGUCGCGCCAAGCUCAAAGAAUGGGCGACGGUGAAGAUACGGCAGAAAAACCGUACUGCCGAUGAGAAGCACGAAUUUACCGCUUUUAAGGGUGAUAAACGCCAUAGUUUUGCGGGUCUAAUCCUACCCCGGAGUAUAGUGGACGCAUCGCACAAAAAUGCU